AUGUCCGCUUCAGAGUCUUCCUUCAUAGCCAAUUCCGAAUCACGAUGUGGAAGCCCUUUGCGGGAAGCCUUUCAAAGCGUCGGAAAUGCGCAAAGACUCAUCAAAGAAUUGCGCGAUGAACCCGCCCGUCUUCAGGCAACAUCAUCUCAUAUGCAACAAAUAGGGGAAGCGCUCACGGUGCUGACCAUGGGUAGCCCUGCGCCCGACGAUCCACUCAGCCAGGACGAGGAACGAGGCAACCUAGUCCUCGCGGGCCUCGAUCUCAUGUGCGACGUACUCAAUCUCUCGGGCGCGAACGACGCCCAUAAGGCCUUGACCGAGAGCUUGUGGCCACACGCUCUCCGAUGGCUGACCACCUUCCGGUCGACGGACCGCAGUUUUGCCGGCUUGCGCUUCAAGGGGCUGGACGAUGCCAGCCGCGCUGUUGUUGCUGUCACUCGUGUAUACCUCACGCUCGUUCGAGCGGAUUCAACUAUAGCCGGUCGCUUAAUAAGGGCCCGGCCUGAAUCCAUGCAGCACCUCUUCGAGAUCUGGCUCGAUUGCCCGCUCUACAUGUCCGCAUUGACCAGGGGCGACGACAGAGUGACGGCGACGCACAACCUCACUUUGGCGCUGGUGGAUGCUCAUAAUGCGCUAGUAGGACCGCAGUCUCAGGAGAUCAUGGUGCAGUCGUUCUACCAUCAGCUCCGAUGCGUAUCCCCCAGCACCCGCGGCUUAUACAACCAGCUCGUCCGCCAAACGCAGUUUCUCGUGCAACUCGCGAUCGUCGAAACAUCUGAAGAAGUCCUAGUUGCGCACUUCAUGCUGCUCACGAUUAUUGUCUCUAAUCCGACAUUCCCGCGCACUGGCCCAUGCCCCAAAAACGUCAUACAUGGAUUUAUUGACGCCGCAGAUCGCUGCCUCAAACACGACAAGGGUAUUUAUGCCGCGUGCACCGCCACUGAGCUACUCGACGCGUGCUGCGUCCUCGACCGCGAUAACCGCACGCUCAGGCGCCUGAUCGACGCCGGCGCGUUCGACCUACUCCUGCGUAUCGGGGCGAAGAGCAGAGAUGGGAACGUCGACAAGCUGGCGAAGCGCAUAGCGGCGACUUUCUCGCUCGCGUCCUUCCUCCGUGCUUUCCACGCCCGAUACCGGCGUGCAUUCCCGCUAAUGCCUCCUCCACUUGGGCCUCAGUACUGCCACGCGAACUGGGAGCUCGUCAUCCAUAUGUACCACCAGCAGUACGGCUUCUAUCGUGGAAUGCGCCAGAUGGCGCAGUGGAAGAAAACACUGCAAUGCUCGCGCGGCGAGGGCCCGCAUCGGCGAACGGUACGGGGCAUAUGCUCCUGCGGGAACGCGGUUUAUUGCUCUCCGAUCUGUCAACGUCGACACUGGGAGGAAGCGCACCGCCGGGUGUGCUGCGCCGCGCAGGGUCCAUGGGGAUUGGGAGGUGUCGUCACCCUCAACGACAUCCUCCAGAUGUGCAUGGACGUAUCAUGCUACAUCGAUGCUAACAAGGCGAGCCUCGGGCCCCGUGUCCUCCAUCUCAUCCGCGAGCGCGUGCGCGCGCGGCAGCGCGGGACCCAAAUUGAAAUCAUAGCAGACUUAACUGUGACCAUGGGUGGCGAUAGGUGUGACUGCAAGAAGCGAGAUGCUAUAUCUUCUAGUACCCUGAGUCUCAAAGACAUUGUCUUUCUUACAGAAAGCGCUCAAGCAGCCAUCGCGCGCAACAAACACAGAGUAGUUUCCUUGCUCUCCACCCGCAAGCCAUACGCCCACGACGAGCACCCGUACCUCGUUGUCGACCUCUCAGGCGACCAAAGCAAGCAUGCGGAUAUUGACCCACACGGCUGUCGUAUACGUGUUGAGUGUAAACCGAUGGAAUCAGGUGGCCCCGAUCUAGGAGCUGCUCAGCGCGUCCGCGAAGCACGCUUAGGCCUCGCGUCUUGGAGGACGCACCUCGAUGAUCUUCGAAGACGCAUGACCAAGGAUGACCCAAGGCCUUCAAUGGAGCCUGCUGAGGUGAAGUGCCUGAGCGACGCGCUGAGCGCGCUGCGUGUGGACGAUUCUCCUCGAGACGACACCCCCGACCGAGAUCCCGACCGGACCAACAUCACUCUCACUGGUAUAGAGCUUCUGUGCGACACUUACGAUUUCAUGCGAGCGAUCGGCGAAUCGGACGACUUCCUGUACGAUCUCUGGCCGGCCGUCUUCGACUGGCUAGACAGCUUCCAGCCGAUGAUACGAAGCUUCGAUGGUGCACGCUUAGAGAGAUUGGAUGAAUCAAGUCGCGUCGUCGUCCUAGUCACUCGGGCAUAUCGCACCCUCAUCCGAUCCGACCCAGCAAAAGUCGCUCGGUACUUGUACUGUCGUGCUGAGAUCGUGCGGCAUGUUUUCAAGCUAUGGAUAGACUGCCCUCUGUACAUGCCCGCGCUCACCAGAGGCGCCGACGAGGUGACUUCGACGCAUAGUCUCACCCUUACGGUUCUGGACGUCUACAACGCGUUCGUGGAGACGGGCUCAGAAGAGAUCGUGACCAAAGGCUUCUACUGUCAACUCCGAUCCGUCGCGCCAGACACUCAACAGAUGUAUGAUCGCUUUGUUCGACAGACCCAGCAUCUCGUUCGACUUGCCAUCACCCCAACGUCGGAGGAGGUCCUGUGGACGCACUUCACGCUUCUUUCCAUGAUCGUUCAAAAGACACAAUUUCCUCGCACGGGGCCUUGCUCUAAGAGCAUCAUACGCGGCUUCGUUGAUGCUGCAGAGCGCUGUCUCACGCACAAGGAGGGCGAGCCCGGUGCGUGCGCUGCUACCGAGUUGCUCGACGCGCUCUGCUUCCACGACCUCGACAACCGCACGCUUCGUCGCCUGGUCGAGUGCGGCGCCUUUGAUCUCCUGCGGCAUAUCGGGGACAAAUACGUCACGGCGUCUGUGAAGAACCUGGUGGUCCGCCUCAAUGCGACGUUCUCGCAACCAUCCUUUCUCCGCGUGUUCCACGAGCGAUAUCGGCAUACCUACCCUCCAAUACCUCGCCAGCGAGAAAUUGUGUACGGUUACCACGACUGGAGCGCGGUGAUCUAUGCGUACCACUUGCAAUAUUUGUUCUAUCGACGCAUGCGCAGAUCAGCUGCGUGGAAGAGCGCUCUACAGUGCUCGCGCGCGGAGAAGCUGCGCGACUGCUCACGCACAUCCCUCGCCGCAGGCGCCGUCACGCUCAACGAUAUUACACAGAUGUGCAUGGACGUCUUCACCUACAUCGACGUAAACCGGGAGAGCCUCGGCUCGCGCGUCUUCGAGCUCCUGCGUGAGAGGAUGCGCGCGCGGCAGCGAGGGACGCAAAUCGAGAUCAUCUCUGACCUCACCAUUGUUUUUGGGGGCGACGUCUACGAAGUUAACGCGCGCGAGACUGACUCGGACAAGCUGAUGACGACGACGAUACUAACAGGGGUUCAGAUACUGCUCGGAGGGGCGAAGGUUCGCCGGAUGUUGCCCUUGACAUACGACAUCAGGUUCUUCCAGUCGACGUCCUAGAAGUGCCGAUAUACAGUACUUCAAUACUUGCUAUUCUAUGCGUCAGGCCACGACUGUCGUGCUCAAAUCACAUCGCAUUCCCC